CGCCGCCUCACACUGCUUCUCCGUCUCGUUGCUCCUCCCUUUUACCCUCCUAAAACCCUCACCAGCUAUUUAUAUUUUCAUUUAUCGGCUCUUUAUAAUACUCUCAUACAUUCCUGAUUUAAUUCCGAGCUCCCGAUUGUUAGAAGUUCUUGAUUGGGAGAGUUGAAAGAUGGCGGGGAAAUCUAACAAAGGGAGGAAUCGGAAAGGCGCACAUGCUGCUGCUACCAUUUCUUCAGAACAGGUAGUGUCAUCAGAUGCUCCUGUUAAAGAUAACAUGACUGUUGUGGAGUCUGCAGACAUUGAGGCUAAUGGAGUUCAAGCUGUGAGUGAAACAACUGAUGCUCAUCCGGAGGUCAAGGAGGCUGAAACAGAAAAUUCAGCUAACGAACCAAAACAAGGUGAUAUUAAUCUCUAUCCUGUAUCUGUCAAAACACAAAGUGGUGAGAAGCUGGAACUACAAUUGAACCCAGGAGAUUCUGUCAUGGAUAUAAGACAAUUUCUUCUUGAUGCCCCAGAGACAUGUUUCUUCACAUGUUAUGACUUAUUGCUGCAAACAAAAGAUGGCUCAACUCAUCAUCUGGAAGAUUACAAUGAAAUAUCUGAAGUAGCUGAUAUCACUACUGGCGGUUGCUCCUUGGAGAUGGUUGCUGCAUUAUAUGAUGAUAGAUCUAUCAGGGCUCAUGUUCACCGCACAAGGGAUUUGCUUUCCCUCUCAACACUUCAUGCCUCACUGUCCACAUCACUUGCAUUACAGUAUGACCUGUCACAGAAAAAAACUUCAAGUUCAGGAGAUACUGUUAAAACUGAUGUCCCGGAGCUUGAUGGUCUGGGUUUUAUGGAGGAUGUUUCUAGCUCACUUGGUAAAUUGCUGUCAUCUUCUACACAAGAGAUCAAAUGUGUGGAGAGCAUUGUAUUUUCCUCCUUUAAUCCUCCCCCAAGCUAUAGAAGGCUUGUUGGGGAUUUGAUUUAUUUGGAUGUAGUAACAUUGGAGGGAAACAAAUAUUGCAUAACUGGAACCACAAAAAUGUUUUAUGUUAAUUCAAGUACAGCAAAUGUCCUUGACCCUCGGCCAAGUAAAGCUACUUCUGAAGCAACUACCCUUAUUGGGCUCUUGCAAAAGAUUAGCCCCAAGUUCAAAAAGGCAUUCCGUGAAAUCCUUGAGAGGAAAGCCUCUGCACAUCCGUUUGAAAAUGUUCAAUCUCUGUUGCCUCCAAAUUCAUGGCUGGGGUUAUAUCCAGUUCCUGAUCACAAGCGUGAUGCAGCUAGGGCAGAGGAUGCACUGACUCUUUCAUAUGGUAGUGAGCUAAUUGGCAUGCAAAGAGAUUGGAAUGAAGAAUUGCAAUCUUGUCGGGAAUUUCCCCAUACAAAUCCCCAGGAAAGGGUUUUGCGGGACAGGGCUCUGUAAAAAGUGACUUCUGAUUUUGUUGAUGCAGCAGUCAGUGGUGCUGUUGGAGUCAUAAGCAGAUGUAUACCCCCUAUAAAUCCAACUGAUCCAGAGUGCUUUCACAUGUAUGUUCACAACAAUAUAUUCUUUAGUUUUGCGCUGGAUGCGGACCUUGAACAGCUGUCAAGGAAAUGCUCAUCUGUUACCAAGUUAAAUAUUGAGGGCAUUGGUGCUUCAACCAAUUUGUCUGAAAAGGUUUCCAAUGAUGUUGUACAAGGGGUUGGGGGAAUUUCCAAAGGUGAGAGUACGGGGGAACCCAAUGGCGUUGUGGAGUUGACUCAAGUACCUGCUGAAACCCAGUUGGCUGAGAGUGAGCAGGCUACAUAUGCUUCUGCAAAUAACGAUUUGAAAGGCACCAAGGCAUACCAGGAAGCUGAUGUCCCUGGACUUUAUAAUCUUGCUAUGGCUAUAAUUGAUUACAGGGGUCAUAGAGUUGUAGCUCAGAGUGUUUUACCUGGCAUUCUUCAAGGUGACAAAUCAGACUCCCUUUUGUAUGGUUCUGUUGACAAUGGCAAGAAAAUAUGCUGGAAUGAAGAUUUCCAUUCCAAGGUUCUUGAGGCUGCUAAACGCCUUCAUUUGAAGGAACACACAGUCCUUGAUGGAUCUGGAAAUGUUUUCAAAUUAGCUGCUCCUGUGGAAUGCAAGGGCAUUGUUGGGAGUGAUGACAGGCAUUAUCUUCUGGACUUGAUGAGAGUAACUCCUCGUGAUGCGAACUACUCUGGACCUGGGUCCCGAUUUUGUAUUUUGAGGCCAGAAUUAAUUACUGCCUUUUGCCAGGCUGAAGCUGCUGGAAAAUUGAAAUCUGUGUUUAAAUCUGAGGGCAAGGCUGAUGCGACAUCUGAUUCUAUAAAAGUGGCUGGUGCUGAAGAGCCAGAUACAACAAAAGAGGAGAAGAUUGAGGCUGUCCAAGAAUGUGCUUCUACACCUAUAGAAAGUUCUGAAUCAUGCGAGGAGAUACAAUUUAACCCCAAUGUUUUAACUGAAUUUAAGUUGGCUGGGAGUCAAGAGGAGAUAACAGGAGAUGAAGAAAAUGUAAGGAAAGUUAGUUCUUACCUUGCAAAUGUUGUGCUUCCAAAAUUUAUACAAGACCUUUGCACACUUGAAGCUUCACCAAUGGAUGGCCAGACACUGACUGAAGCACUGCAUGCUCAUGGAAUUAAUAUUCGAUAUAUUGGGAAAGUAGCUGAUGGGACCAAGCAUUUACCACAUCUAUGGGAUCUCUGUUCUAACGAAAUUGUAGUCAGGUCCGCAAAGCAUAUCAUCAAGGAUGUUUUAAGAGAUAUAGAGGAUCAUGAUCUUGGCCCAGCACUUGCACAUUUUUUCAACUGUUUCUUUGGAAGUUGUCAAACUGUUGGGGGCAAAGUUGCUGCUAAUAGUAUGCAGUCCAAAACCCAAAAGAAAGACCAGGCGAGCCAUCAGUCUGCAGGCAAGUCCUCUAAGGGCCAAGCCAGGUGGAAAUCUAAAGCUUCUGCUACAAAGCAUCAUUCCUCUUAUAUGAAUAUUAGCUCAGAAAGUCUAUGGUCUGACCUCAAAGAAUUUGCGAAGUCGAAAUAUCAGUUUGAGUUGCCUGAGGAUGCAAGAUUGCGAGUAAAGAAAGUCUCAGUUAUGCGUAAUCUUUGCCAAAAGGUGGGCAUAAGCAUUGCAGCUCGCAAAUAUGAUUUCAAUGCUGCAACACCUUUCCAAACUUCAGAUAUCCUUAAUCUCCAGCCAGUAGUGAAGCAUUCAGUUCCUGUAUGUUCUGAAGCUAAGAACCUUGUUGAAAUGGGGAAAGCUCAAUUAUCUGAGGGUCUGCUUAGUGAAGCCUACACAUUGUUUUCUGAGGCAUUUUCAAUACUUCAACAGGUGACUGGUCCAAUGCAUCGGGAGGUUGCCAACUGCUGUCGGUACCUUGCCAUGGUUUUGUAUCACGCAGGAGACAUGGCUGGAGCCAUUAUGCAACAGCACAAGGAACUAAUUAUAAAUGAACGUUGCUUGGGUCUUGACCACCCUGAUACUGCUCACAGCUAUGGCAAUAUGGCUCUUUUCUAUCAUGGACUUAACCAAACAGAGCUUGCACUACGGCACAUGUCCCGGGCAUUGCUCUUGCUGAGUCUUUCAUCUGGCCCAGAUCAUCCUGAUGUGGCUGCAACUUUCAUUAAUGUUGCAAUGAUGUACCAGGACAUUGGGAAGAUGGACACAGCUCUCCGUUAUUUGCAAGAGGCCUUGAAAAAGAAUGAGAGGCUUCUAGGUGAGGAGCAUAUACAGACCGCUGUGUGCUAUCAUGCCCUUGCCAUCGCAUUCAACUGCAUGGGUGCCUUCAAACUGUCUCACCAGCAUGAAAAGAAAACCUAUGAUAUACUUGUCAAACAACUUGGUGAGGAGGAUUCCAGAACAAAAGACUCACAAAAUUGGAUGAAGACAUUUAAGAUGCGGGAAGUUCAGAUGAAUGUACAAAAACAGAAAGGACAGGCGUUUAAUACAGCUUCGACACAAAAGGCUAUUGAUAUCUUGAAGGCCAAUCCUGAUUUGAUACAUGCUUUCCAAGCUGUAGCCGCGGCUGGAGGGUCUGGAGGUUCUGGUACUACUGUCAACAAUUCACUUAAUGCAGCAGUACUUGGUGAGACCAUUCCUCGAGGAAGGGGAUUUGAUGAAAGGGCUGCUCGUGCAGCAGCUGAAGUAAGAAAAAAAGCUGCAGCAAAGGGUCUCUUGAUUCGCCCACAUGGUCUUCCAGCCCAAGCUUUACCGCCACUUACUCAGCUCCUUAACAUCAUAAACUCGGGAAUUACCCCUGAUGCCAAUGGUAGUGGGGCCACUGAUGUCCCAAAGAAGGAAGCCAACGGCGAUCCUUCGAAUGACCCAGCAGCAGCAGAUGCCAAAAAGGAUAUAUCAUCAUCAGAGCAAGGUGGUCAACCUCCUGCCGGGUUGGGCAAGGGUUUAACAUCCUUAGAUUCCAAGAAGAAGAAAACAAAAGCAGAAAACAAAAACUAAAUUAACAUCCUGAAGUUUUGAAAGGUAGAGAUUCAAUUAUUUGGCUAAAAGAUCCGGAAAUUUUAACA